CUGAUACGUUGUAACGGACGGAAAGGCGCGGGUUGGUGAUGCUGGGGCAAAGUGGCUGUGGCAGUGCUGACGAAUCACAUAAGGGUGUUGAAGCCUAAACUUUCGUGGGGGAUGAGGUUGAGUACAGGUUUACCCUUGUUCCCACAGCGCGAGCUCGAACCACCAAGGCUGGUCACCCAUUUAUUUAGUUCUAUAUAUUCUCUCGAGCACCGCUCUUUCGAGCCCACCUCUCAUCAAACAAAUACCCAAACGUUAAAGAUUAUUUCGAGUCAAGCAAUCAUGGUCUCCUCAGACGCAGCAAUCGCAAUUGUCUUCGGACUUAUCGGUGCAAGCCUCAGUUUCGUUGGCGUCAUUAUUGCAUGUCUUACUUUACGCUCUAUGACAUUGGAAAGGUAUGAGCGGCAUCGGCGAGUGCGUGGAGAUGAUCAUGAACCUGUUUUUCAGCAUCUUCAUACGCAUCUCUUCCCGUCGUCUCAGCAACAAGGGCCUGGAAAUAGAGAUCUGAAGGUGGCGUGAAGAGCAUCGCUAUUCGCUACUUCUCAGAAAGCAACGUCCUUUAUUUUAUACUUCGACAUUGUGGUUCCCGUUCAAGACUCUUUCCACUUCGUCCACUCGGUCAACAACACAUGACUAGCGGUCUCCGGCGCCAAUUCCUUCAUCUAUUAUUUAUGGCAAGCUCCUUC